AUGCUUCCGGAUUUAGAAAACAUCCGCAUUAGCCGCUGUUAUCUGAAAUAUUUCGCUAACUAUAACUUGCUCGACGUGCAGCUGCAUACUUUUGUAGAUGCUAGCGAGAAUGGAUACGCUGCAGUGGCAUAUUUCAGAAUCACGGACGGUGAAGAUAUUGUGUGCUCAUUGAUUGGAUCUAGACUAAACCGAAAAGUGUACUGGUCGGAUUCUAAGACGGUCUUGAGUUGGCUGCGUUCCGAUCAUCGCAAAUAUAGCCAGUUCGUAGGAUUUCGAGUAAGCGAAAUUCUUGAUUUAAGCAAUCCAAGUGAGUGGAGGUGGAUACCAAGCAAACUUAAUGUAGCAGAUGAAGCCACUAAAUGGGUGAGCAAGAUAAGCCUACAAAAUGAUGGUCGAUGGUUUAGUGGCCCACAAUUUCUAUACAUGGCUGAAAACGAAUGGCCGGUCGACGUAUGUCCACCUAUAGAUACGACGGAGGAGAUGAAACGCCACCUAUUACAUAUAGGGACAGUUGAUGAAGUAGUUGAAGUUAAACGGUUCUCGAAGUGGAAUCGCAUUGUGCGCACAACAGCAUUUGUGCUACGAUUUAUUGAAAAUUUGAAAUCGAGGGUACGAGGACAAGAUGUGCAGAGUGGGGAACUCAUUCAAGAGGAGAUCAUAAAGGCGGAACAUGUCUUAUAUCGGCAAGCACAGUGGAGCGCAUAUGCAGAGGAAAUUGAUAUGCUAAAGAAUAAUAAGCCGCUGCCUAAAGCCAGUCCUAUAUACAAGAAAUCACCUUAUUUGGACAACAACAUUCUGCGCAUUGAUGGCCGAAUCGACAUGGCAUGUAUUACAAGCGAGCAAAAAAGGCCGAUAAUUCUUCCGAAAGAAAAUAUGAUAACUACAUUAAUAAUCAUGCACUACCAUAAUUUGUAUCGCCAUUUAAAUCAUGAAACCGCUGUAAAUGAAGUUCGUCAAUUUUACUAUAUACCACGUCUACGCGUCGUUUUUAAGAAGCAAAUUAGAAACUGCCAAAUGUGUAAAAUUCAAAAGGCCGUACCGCAGAUGCCACAAAUGGCUAAGUUGCCUCGAGCUCGGCUUGCUGCUCAUGUUGCGCCGUUUACUUUUACGGGGUUGGAUUUCUUCGGACCUAUUUUGAUUACAAUAAAUCGACACAAGGAAAAACGGUAUGGAGUUUUAUUCACGUGCUUAACCAUAAGAGCCGUUCACAUAGAAAUCGCGUAUUCUCUUAAUACAAACUCCUGUAUAUUGGCUAUUCGAAAUUUUAUUGCGAGGCGGGGCAUCCCGCGAGAGUUUUUUAGCGAUAACGGGACUAACUUUAUUGGCGCCGAGAGAGAGCUGCGUCAAGCAGUUGCUGAAGUGAAUCGAAACGAGCUUGUUCGCACUUUCACUUCCUCGCAUACGAAAUGGAACUUUAAUCCGCCUCUUGCGCCACACAUGGGAGGCGCUUGGGAACGUUUAGUGCGCUCCAUAAAAAAUGUUUUCUAUAAAAUAACACCUACUCGCUCGCCAAACGAAGAGCUUUUGAGAAGUAUGAUGGCUGAAAUUGAAAAUAUUAUAAAUUCGCGGCCCUUAACGUACGUUCCUCUCGAUAACAGCGACGCUGAAGCGAUCACACCAAAUCACCUUUUGCUGGGGAGCUCAAGCGGCAUGAAGCCAUAUGCGCUCUUGGACGAUAGCGCAGUUGUGCUGAAAA